GAAAUUUUAAGGAGUGUAGCAUGUAUGGGGCUUCAUUGCCGGAAAUUCAAUAAGUGAAGUUUCCCCUUCCUCCGUAUCAUAAUUAAACCAAUAAAAUUUAGAAAAAAAAAAUAACGAUGGCAUCAUUAAAAGGUAGUAGCAAGUUGAAGAAAAAACAUUUCAAACCAAAAUACCAAAAAGCUAAAUUAUUUCGAGCAAAUGAGCCUCUGAUUAGUGUGUUUAUGUGGGGAAUAAAUCAUACGAUCAAUGAGCUGACACAUGUAAAUGUACCUGUUAUGCUUCUUCCUGAUGAUUUCAAAUCUUUCAGUAAAAUAAAAGUUGACAAUCAUCACUUUAACAAAGAAAGCAUGCCAAGUCAUUUUAAAGUCAAGGAAUAUUGCCCACUUGUGUUUAGAAAUCUGAGGGAACGUUUCAGUAUAGAUGAUACAGAUUAUAUGAAUUCUCUUACCAAGUCACAGCCCAGACCCAUUAGUUCCCCAGGUCGGAGUGGAGCCAAAUUUUACGAAUCAUAUGACCAUUUAUUUGUAAUGAAAACCCUGCAAAGUGAAGAAGUUGAACAGAUGCACAGUUUGCUGAAGCAAUACCAUCCUUACAUAGUAGAAAGGCAUGGAAAAACAUUGUUACCUCAAUAUCUUGGCAUGUACAGGUUGACUGUAGAAGGAGCUGAAACUUAUAUUGUAGUGAUGAGGAAUAUCUUCUCAACACGAUUGAGGAUUCACAAAAAAUAUGAUUUAAAGGGAUCAACUGUAGACAGAGAAGCAAGCGAGAAAGAAAAAGAGAAAACUAUUCCGGUGUUGAAGGAUAAUGACUUUGUCAAGGAUGGAUGCAAAAUGUUCAUUGGAUCAGAAACCAAAGAAAGAAUAUUGGACAUGCUGAGUGCUGAUUCAAUGUUUCUUUCAUCAAUGAACUUGAUGGAUUACUCUGUAUGUCUUGGCAUUCAUGAUUGCGAACGCGUUGAGCUCGAUGCCCUAGAGAAGGAGAAAGUCGAACAAUCCUCUGAUGCUGAGGGUAGUGGUGGCGAAAAUGGUCCUGGCUCAGAAGACGAAGAUUCAGCAGGAAGUGGAAUUGGAGGAGCAGUGCCAACACCCCCUGAUUCCCCACCAGCAUUAAGGGAGGAGUUCUCGUUGAAUGGCGACGGUCUGAAUGCUGCGCGUGAUAUCUAUGCAACUCCAAGUAUUGAAAGUGCUCCAAAGAAAGAAAUUUACUUCUUGGCUUUAGUUGAUGUACUUACACACUAUGGUGUAAAGAAGAGAACAGCACAAGCAGCCAAAGCCGUGAAGCACGGAACAAAUGCUGAGAUUUCCACAGUACAUCCCGAGCAAUAUGCAAAGCGACUUACUGAUUUCAUUGCCAAAGCCAUGGAGUAAGAAGAUCGGAAGUAAUGCAAUGUGAUGAUAAUUUAUAAGAAUAUACAUGGUGCCAUUCCAUGAUAAUUUCAUAUGAAGUAGCAUUUAUAAAGCUGCUUGGUGAUUUCACUUGUCAGGAUAGGAAGUAGGAUGUGUAGAAUCAGUUUCAUUAAAUGUUUGAUAUGUUAAGUCUUACAUCUGAAGAGU